UUUCCAUGGAUCCUCCACAUUCAGGUUCUUGAAUCCUCUCCCAUCUCACAAGUAUUACCAUCCAUUGAUCCUCUCGUUCUCAUGGCAGUGGCGGCCGCCGGUGGAAAGCGGUUCUCAAACGGGUACAGUGGGUACAAGAUGUUGGGGUUGAUGCAGGUUUUGCCUCCUCCUUUCUCCCCCUUUUGACGAGGGCCACCUGCAGGGGUGCAAAUUUAGGGUGCAGAGCAUGGUGAGCUCCCCAUGAUCGCUCAAGUAGGUGUCCUACUGGCCUCAAUGCAACUGAUGAUCUUCAUGUGGGACGACAGAUCGUCUUGGCGUCCAAGUGAAGAAACUUUGGAUGCAGGGGAGUCAAUAAGUAAAACGAUCUGGGUUGUGCCUCGUGGUAUAGGAUGGCAGUGCUGCUGGUCAAUGGUAACAGAAAAGAUGACGCCAAGCUCGCAGUGCACUAGGAUGCCAUUGGCCUCCCCGAUGGCACAGCCGUCAAGGCCAUGGACCUCUGGAUGCACAAGACACUUGGACACCAAGUUCAUGGAUAAUAUAUUUCUCAUUGUCGAGGCAAAAAGAGUUAUCUCCUAUCUCAGACACGCUUUUACGUGGCUUAUUCUCUGA